AUUGUAUAGGAUAGUUAUCAAAUAACUAAGAAAAAAAGAAAAGGGAAAGUAAAGCUUUUUCAUUGAUGGCUCAAGAAACAGUGGCGAAGAAAAAGAAAAGCAAAGCAAAAGAAGAACACAAUCACGCACUCAAACUCGACCUAUUUGCUGUUUUUUCAAACUGAAUCAAUCUCUGUUCUUUGGCUAUUCUCAAUCAUCCACAUGGCUCGCUGGCUUCUCUUUCUCAUCAUUCUCAGCCUUCUCGCAUUAACUUUCCUCUCAGAGGUACAAUCAGCAUCCUUCAAGAUUGUGAACAAGUGUCGCCACACGAUAUGGCCGGGAUUACUCUCCGGCGCCACCUCGCCGCCGCUUCCCACCACCGGAUUCGCCCUCCUCAGCGGAGAAUCCAAGACGUUAAAAAUCCCGAAAUCUUGGUCUGGUCGGAUAUGGGCACGGACCCUCUGCGGUCAAGACUCCGACGGAAAGUUCUCUUGCGGCACCGCCGACUGCGGCUCCGGCAAAGUAGAGUGCGUCGGCGGUGCCAAGCCGCCGGCGACAUUGGCAGAGCUCACCCUGAACGGCGCAGACGGGCUGGACUUCUACGACGUAAGUUUGGUCGACGGUUACAACCUUCCGAUGCUGAUCGUGGCGAAGGACGGCACCAGGGGCGGGUGCAGCGCCACGGGGUGUCUCGUCGACCUCAACGGCGGGUGUCCAGCGGAGCUAAGGGUGGCACGUGUGAACGGCAGCCGCAAGAGCGUGGCGUGCCGGAGCGCGUGCGAGGCCUUCGGUGAUCCUAGUUUUUGCUGCAGCGGCGCGUACUCGACGCCUGACACGUGUGGUCCCUCUCCAUAUUCUCUGUUCUUCAAGCACGCAUGCCCACGCGCGUAUAGCUACGCGUAUGAUGACAAGACGAGCACCUACACAUGUGCUUCCGCGAACUAUUUGAUCAUUUUCUGCCCCUUGCCCUACACCAGCCAGAAAGUUUUGGGAGCACGAAAAGAUGGGGCACAACUUCCUCUGGUAAACAAAACUAUGAUGUACUUAUCAAGGCUUCAGUCAAGUGGUUCUUCGCCAUUAGUUGUUGUUCAAACGCAGAGCAUAGCUUAUGUUGCCUCUGUUUUAGUGGCUCUGUUCCUGUUCUGCCCUCUAUGACACCAUUUAUGGACAUUUCAGAUAGAUAGUUUCACCAAAAUAGCUGUGUAAGCUCUUCAUGCUGCUCGUCAUCAUGCAGGAGUUGAAGGAUAUAUCAUAUAGGAAAAACACUGUAAAUCCUUUUUUUUCUUUUUGUUUAUAUUGUCUCUUUUUUUCCCACUUUUAAUACAUCAAACUGCAGUAGUUGAUCUCCGGCGAUCCUUCACUUGUUAUUUUAUGAACAUGGAGGGAUUACCAAUUUGCAAAGUUCUCUGCAGUUAAUUUUAUUUUACUUGUUCUGAGAAAGAUAGAUUGUAAUGAGUGCAACAGUGUGUACACGAGAAUAGGCUUAUCGGGUGAUCACUAUUGAGCUUCGUGCACAAUUUUGGUUU